AGGCGUAGAGGCGUCUUCGGCUGCCAUUUUGUAGCGUCUCCGCUCCCGUUCGCAGCUCCUCCUCCUUCCGCGUCUCAUCCUUCUCUUGAGCGGGGACAGGAGGGGGGCUUCGGUCGCUCUCUAGGCCCCUUCGGUAGCAGCGCUGUAGCCAGGCCCAGCCUCGCUUCCUCCUCCUCCUCCUCCGCCUCCUUCCUUCCUUCCUCCCUUCAUCCUCCCUUCUCCGCCAUUUGCUUCUCUCUCUUCCUCCCCCUCCAUCGAGCGUAGGCGAUGGGGACCAGGCUGCUGGGGCUGAGCAGCGGCAGCAUCAGCGGCAGCAUCGGCAACAGCAGCAGAGCGGGCGGCCCGGUCCUGGUGAAGAAGAGCGCAGCGGGGAUGGGCGAGCUGGGCGGCUCCUUGGCCCUGGAGGCCUCCUCUUGACAUGGCUCCCGCCCGCUUCCCUCGAGCCAGGCCCAGCAGCAGCAGCAGCAGCGACGCCAAGGCCGCCUCCACCGGCUGCGGAUAGGCGCCACCGACACACACCGCCCCUUCCCCAGGCCGCCUCCCUUCCUUUAUUACUACUAGUAGUAUUACUCCUAAACCAAGGGGAGCUCUCUACUUCCUAAGCUGAGGAAGGAGGGCAGGGAAAGGAAAGGAAAGGAAGGGGGUUCUUCCAAAGAGGCAAAAGCAGCAGCUCUAAACCUUCACUAAACCACCACAAAAAGGGGAGGGAAGGGGGGCUCCUUCCCUGUCACCACUUCUUCCCCCUUGUUUGCAAUCUGUGCAACCUUUUUACUCCCCCCUUCCUUUUAUCUUUUGGCAAUUGACAUCUUUGGCGUGUCACACACCCCCCCCCCCCAUUUUGUAUUUUAAUUGUAAUUUUUCCUUAUCAUUAUUACCAUCAAGUUAAGAAGGCCAUGGCUGCCAGGAGGAACAGUUCUGGGCGGUGGAGGGAGUAGGCAGCACAGGCCCUUUCUUUCCUCCCCCUUUUCCUCCCUUUCUUUUGGCAAUUGAAAUCUUGGCGUCUUUCCCCCUGCCUUCCUACCUUUCAUUUUUUAAUUGUCAUUUUUCCUUAUUAUUAUUACUAUUAUUUAAAGUUGUGAAGCCCAUGGCUGCCAGAGUGAAUAAUUUGGGGUGGAGGAGUGAGUAGGCAGCACAGGCUAGCCCCUUCCGUCCUCCUUUUCUUUUCUUUCCACCUCCUUUCCCCUUCCUUCCUUUUCCAGCAAUAGCCAUGCCCAGCCCCAUCUGAGAGGCAGAAAGAGAAGAAGGAGGAGGAAGAAGAGGAGGAAGACCAUCCUUUCUGGCUGUUGCCUGUGGGACAGACACAGGGAAGGCACGCCUUCCUGGGAUGUAGGCCUCCCCUUUUUGCUUCAGGUCCAGCCAAGCCUUCAGGCCAGAGAGGCUCCUCUUCUCUCUCUCUCUCUGUCCCCCCAAUGGCCACCGCCAUGACCCCUCUCCUCUGUGACAGACACCGCCUCAGGGCGACCAUGUGCCUGAGGACCAGCAGGAUGAAGCUAGAAAUGACUCUGCUCUUUCCCAAGCUCCUUGCUCCUCUGCCAGCCAGCACCCCCUUCCUCUUGUUUGCGGUCGAUGGUUUUCUCGUCGGUAGGGAAACAACGUCUAACAGCCUCCUCCCGGGACAGCCGCUCCUCCAGCUCUGCAAACCCUCCUCCGCUUUCUACCAAGCCGAAUAAUUCCUUUUUGUAAAAAUAUAAAAUUAAACAUAAAAGCCAGGCAGCAUAGCAAUAGCAAAACAAACACAAGUAAACCCCCCAAAAAGCCAACCUUAAUAAUAAUAAUCAGCAGAGUCAUGAAUCCGGGCGGGUUAGCACACGGUCUUUAAUUUCGAUUUUGUUUGGGGUUUGUGGCAGAGGGGGGGCGUUGGGGCGAAAAACCAACAACGACGCCCAAAUGGAUUGGGUCCAUGCCGAUUGUUGCUUUUUCUUAUGCAUACAAAUUGUGAUAAGAUUUCCCCCCCGUUCUCGCCCGUUUAUUCCCGUGGUUUAAACAACUGUGUAUAUCAGUGUAUUUUAUUCAAAUUUCUUUGGGCUUUUUGAUAAUACUGCGCAAACUCUUUUUUUUUCCCGUCCAACGAUGGUUGGGCUACUACUUAUUUUGUUUUAUGACCCCUCUAAUAAGACAGUCUCGUAAAACAAUUGCCAGAGGUGCAUUUUUUGGGUUACGCCUGUGUUUUCCUGAUUCAGUGAUAUGGGCAGGAAUAAAAUGACUUGUUUCUGUUGUACUCGAGUCUUAUGAAAAAAGGGCCCAUAGUUUAGUGUCGGUUUCCAAAGGCUUUAGCACCAUCUGUAUUACAAAAUGGGGGACCCAAACUCCCGGAAGAAACAAGCUCUGAACAGACUUCGCGCUCAGCUUAAAAAGAAAAAAGAAUCUCUAGCUGACCAGUUUGAUUUCAAGAUGUAUAUUGCCUUUGUAUUCAAAGACAAGAGGAAAAAGUCAGCGCUCUUUGAAGUGUCUGAAGUGAUACCAGUAAUGACCAAUAAUUAUGAAGAAAAUAUCCUGAAAGGUGUGCGGGAUUCCAGCUAUUCCUUGGAAAGUUCCAUAGAGCUUCUACAAAAGGAUGUAGUACAGCUGCAUGCACCCCGCUAUCAGUCUAUGCGCAGGGAUGUGAUUGGCUGUACACAGGAAAUGGACUUCAUACUUUGGCCUCGGAAUGAUAUUGAGAAGAUAGUCUGUCUUCUGUUUUCUAGGUGGAAGGGAUCAGAUGAUGAGCCCUUUAGGCCUGUUCAGGCCAGGUUUGAAUUUCAUCAUGGUGACUAUGAAAAACAGUUUCUGCAUGUACUGAGCCGAAAGGACAAGACUGGAAUUGUUAUAAACAACCCUAACCAGUCAGUGUUUCUCUUCAUUGACAGACAGCACUUGCAGACUCCAAAAAACAAAGCUACAAUCUUCAAGUUAUGCAGCAUCUGCUUGUAUCUGCCACAGGAGCAGCUCACCCACUGGGCGGUUGGUACCAUAGAGGAACACCUCCGUCCAUAUAUGCCAGAGUAGGAUACUGGCCAGCAAAAUGGGGAAGAUCACAGAAUGCAGGAGUGUGUUUUUUCACUUUUCUCACCAUUUAUUCUUUUGGAGUUGAAGAAAAUGGACACAUGUUCAGAACACUAUCCAUCGUGGAACUUGAUCAUCCUGGAUUUUUUUUAAUCAUUUGUAUCUCAGAACUUUAAUUUUUUUUUAGAUGUUUUCUGCAUGGACCUGGUGAAAGAGAAUGCUCUGCAUAUUUCUGCACUGUAUGAGCAUCUUACCAAAAUGUGAAAUGAAGGGACUGUAAUACACUGAAAGAAAUAUAUCUGAGAGCACAAAGUGAUCAUUUAUGGUGGUGUUUCCAUUUGUGCUGGUCAUGUCCCCCAAUACCAGUAUUCAUAGGGUGAGAAGUGAAUGUAAUGGUCUAAAAGCCUUAUAAGCUUUGCCGUUAACAUGAUUGUAUCAGCUGUGUCAGAUUCAUUCUGAUGAAAGAAAGUCUAUGGCUUGUUACAGUAGAUUGCUAACCAUGGGAAAGAAAUUUCAAGGCACUAUUUGCCUCUCUUAUUUUGCUUGGCCAUGUUUAAGUUUGCUGGCAUUCUCAGUUUUGGAUCUCUUUCCCCAGUUUGCUGUAUAACUAAACGUAGAGUGUUCUGUUGAGUUGAAUACAUUUUUACAGACCUGGAGUCUGAAGUAGCCUAAAGCAGCUAAAUUUUAAAAUAGCAGCUGCAGAAACUAUAUUGGCAGAGGAUUAUUUUUUUCUGAGAGUUGACUUCUUGCUGGUGAACUGCGUAGGAAAUACUGGUUUCCAAAACAUUUCUUACGAGAAACCCUCUGAAGUUCUUUCUUGGGAUGGGGGUGGGGAAGGGAGGGAGGAAUAUCCUGAAGCAGUUGUGGAUUUAAUUGUAAAAUAUUGUUUGGAGUGUCAAAGUUGGUUUGACAAAACAUAUUUUGUUUAAGAUUGUGCAAUGAACAUAAGGAAGACUACUGUAUAGUUUUGGCAAAGAAUGCUUUGCUUAAGGGUUGAGUAAUUUUACUGAAGUAAAUCUGUAUAAGCCUACUCCCUUUGGGUAAAUCUAGUGCUUAUCUGUUUAAAAUUUGUAUUUAGCUUUUGUUUGGAAUUGGAAAAAAGGAAAUAAAUUAGUUGAACAAUGA